AUGCGUUCCGGCAUCUCCAAAAUUUUCCAAUGGCAUCGCGGUUGCAGAAAUUUAAGCUUGGCCAAGUAUACGAUUCUGUAUGGAAGCCGGGAUACUCAAGGUCUAAGUGGCCAUGUAGAUGGCUCCACACUGAAGAUGUUCUCAACCUCUUGUGGAGCAUUUGCAGAGGAUGCAAUAAAAGAUAAUCCUGUCUCUGAUAUGUUAGUUGAUUCAUUUGGGAGGCAACAUACUUACUUGAGGAUCUCGUUAACAGAACGUUGUAAUUUACGAUGCCAAUACUGUAUGCCAGCUGAGGGUGCGGAGCUUACUCCUAGCCAGGAACUUCUCUCAACGAAUGAGAUUGUUCGUUUGGCAAAUUUAUUCGUUAGUUCUGGUGUACACAAAAUUCGUUUGACUGGUGGGGAGCCAACCAUUAGGAAGGAUAUUGAAGAAAUUUGUUUACAAUUGUCAGCUCUAAAUGGAUUGAAGACCCUGGCCAUGACUACAAACGGAAUUAUUCUUGAUAGGAAACUUCCAUCGUUAAAAGAAUGUGGACUUAGUUUGUUGAAUAUAAGUUUAGACACUUUGGUUCCUGCAAAAUUUGAAUUUAUGACUAGGCGUAAAGGACAUGAAAGGAUAAUGAAGUCGAUUGAUGCAGCAAUAGAUUUGGGAUAUAAUCCUGUCAAAUUGAAUUGUGUCGUAAUGCGUGGAUUCAAUGAUGAUGAAAUUUGUGAUUUUGUCGAGUUAACACGUGAUAAGCUAAUCAAUGUCCGGUUUAUUGAGUUUAUGCCUUUUGACGGAAAUGUCUGGAAUGUGAAGAAACUUGUACCAUACUCUGAAAUGUUGGAUAGAGUGGUGAAACGGUUUCCAGGACUUCAAAGGAUUCGGGACCAUCCCUCAGAGACAGCCAAGAAUUUCAGGAUAGAUGGUCACCAGGGUACAGUUUCCUUCAUCACAUCAAUGACGGAGCACUUUUGUGCUGGUUGCAAUAGAUUGAGACUUUUAGCAGAUGGAAAUUUUAAAGUUUGCCUUUUUGGACCGUCAGAGGUUAGCUUGAGGGAACCUCUGCGUCAGGGUGUUGAUGAUAUUGAGCUCAAGGAGAUUAUAGGGGCAGCGGUGAAAAGGAAGAAAGCUGCUCAUGCUGGGAUGUUUGACAUUGCAAAGACACCAAACAGACCGAUGAUACAUAUUGGUGGCUGA